GGGUAGCAAACAGUUUUUGACCGUUUUGUUACGUUUUGUUAUCGUGUCGUCUACAAUAGAUGUAAGCCUGUAAUUCCACAAGUUCGAUUAGAUGCAAGUGUGGAUUGAUCGGCUGUGCGUAUAUUGUAUGUCGAUGUAUAAUAAACCGGAUGAUGUCAAUGCACGAGCGGACUUCAUUCAUUCAUCCUGAUGAGGAGGACGCGUCAAAUGAGUCCUGGUAAAGCAGCCCAUCAGUGGCUUACAGGUGUUUGUUUCGUUUGGCGAAAGCAAGCCACUACAUUAAGUCAAAAACUUUGCUUCACUGGACAUUGGAAGCCGAAAGGACGCUAUCACGGCACAGGCGCAGAUUCAGCGUUGGGCGCAUUGGAUUCACGCCCCAUUUGGCUCUCUGGAGGAUGCCGGCUAUGUUGGUUCCUGCCGGAGAGGAUACUGAUCUUCAGGAUAAACAUCCGACGAGUCAGUGAACCGAACUGCUCAACUCAUCGGCGCCCACCUGCCUCAUGAGGGAGGUGAUGUCUGCCCCAAACCUGCUGCGUGUUGGAACAGAAGAAAAUAUCUUUGUGGAAAUUCAAGAUUGCAGCCUUGAAAGUGACAUCAAUGUUCAUAUCAGUGUCAGGAACCAUCCAACCAAAGCACAAGAGCUGGCAUCCACAACUGUGACCCUGACUAAGACAGACAAAUACCAGAAGCUUGCACAACUUACGAUCCCUGCAGGGGACUUCAGCAAGGAUCCCAACAGGAGGCAGUACGUAGUACUACAAGCUCAGUUUCCUGGUCGGCUACUGGAGAAAAUCGUCUUAGUCUCCUUCCAGUCUGGUUACAUCUUCAUCCAGACAGACAAGACCAUCUACACUCCCAAUAGCAAUGUCUUGUACAGGAUGUUUGGAGUGACGCCUGGAAUGAAACCCGUGGAGAGGGGAAUCAACCCUGAAACCGAUGCUUCGAUUAGCAUUGAGAUUGUGACACAUGAUGGCAUCAUUGCAGAAACCAACCUCGUCUCUCUGAAAUCAGGAAUAUACUCUGCAGGUUACAAACUGGGUGAGGUAGUCAGUACGGGACUUUGGAAGGUGGUGGCAAAGUUUCAGAGCAACCCACAGCAGAUCUUUUCUGCAGAGUUUGAAGUAAAAGAGUACGUGCUGCCCAGUUUUGAGGUGAAGCUGAUGCCUCUGAGCCCCUUUUUCUAUGUGGACAGCCCGGAGCUUACAGUCAACAUUGAAGCUAAGUAUCUGUUUGGUGAAGAGGUGGAUGGGAUGGCAUUUGUGGUUUUUGGGAUUUUGGAAGACAACCAUAAAUCAAGCUUUCCGAACUCCGUCCAGAGAGUGCCGAUUGAGAGAGGUUAUGGAGAGGCCACACUGAGCAAGGAGCACAUCACGCAAACCUUCAAAAACAUCUCCAAACUGGUGAAGAAGCACAUAUACGUUGCUGUCACUGUGCUGACGCAGAGCGGUGAUGAAAUGGUGGAGGCAGAGUUAAGAAGUAUCCAGAUCGUAACAUCACCUUAUACCGUCCAUUUUAAGAGAACGCCCAAAUUUUACAAACCAGGAAUGUCCUUUGAUGUCAUGAUUGAGGUUUUGAAUCCUGAUGAAACACCGGCUAGUAAUAUUCCAGUGAAGGUGGAUCCAGGCCAAGUGAUGGGCUAUACUGGAGCCGACGGCAUGGCAAGGGUGACCAUCAAUACAGGGGGAAACAGUGACCCACUGCUUAUUAACGCAACGACUGCCGAUUCUCGUAUUUCAAGUGAAAGGCAGGCAUCGGCCACCAUGCAAGCUCUUCCACACAGAAUGAGGAACAACAAUUACAUCCACAUAGGGUUGGAUAAAGCUGAAGUAACAGUACGAGAAAAUAUAAAAGUCAACCUCCUCUUCAACAGACAGGAAAAUAGAGAAUACGACAUCACGUACCUGAUCUUGAGCAGAGGGCAGCUGAUUAAUCAUGGCAAAUACAGGGCAAGUGGUCAAGUCCUCAUUGCCAUGUUAAUCCCUAUAACCAAAGAAAUGAUGCCAUCAUUCCGUAUUGUAGCCUACUACCAUACAAGUGAUCAGCAAGUGGUAUCGGACUCUCUGUGGGUUGAUGUCAAGGACUCCUGCAUGGGCUUGUUGAAGUUGGAACAAACCGAACAAGGGUCGUACUAUAAGCCGCGGCAGUCCUUAAAGCUGAGGAUAACUGGGGAUCCAGGGGCCACAGUGGGGCUGGUGGCAGUCGAUAAAGGCGUGUACGUCCUGAAUAACAAGCACCGUCUCACUCAGAAGAAGGUGUGGGACGUUGUAGAAAAGUACGACACAGGCUGCACACCCGGUGGAGGGGAGGACAGUAUGGGUGUAUUCUAUGAUGCUGGGCUGUUGUUUGAGACCAGCGCUUCUGGGACCCGAUACAGACAAGAUUUAAAGUGUCCAGUCAACAGCAGGAGGAAGCGAGCCAGCACUAUCAUGGAAGUCAGAACCAGCCUAUUGAGUCAGUAUGAAGUCAAACUACAGCGUGACUGUUGUUUAGACGGUAUGAGUGACACCUCUGUCUCAUACAGCUGUGAGAGGCGAAGCGAGUACAUUUUCGAAGGCCCAGCCUGUGUCGAGGCCUUCCUGAACUGCUGCAGGCAGAUGGAAAGCCAGCACGCAGAGAGGAAGGAGGAAGGCCUCAUACUGGCUCGCGGUGAGGAAGAUGAUAGUUACGGAGACAGCAGUGAAAUUGUUUCUCGCUCCAAGUUCCCUGAAAGUUGGCUGUGGAAGGAUGUCAUACUGCCCUCGUGCCCUCAGCAAAAUCCUGGCUGUGAAAGCACAUUUACUACUCAAAUUGUUCCCCUGCAAGACUCCAUCACGACUUGGCAGUUCACCGGCAUCAGUCUGUCAAGAACUCACGGUAUCUGUGUGGCUGAUCCAUUAGAGAUCAUCGUCCGGAAGAAAUUCUUCAUCGAUCUCAAGCUGCCAUACUCUGCAGUCAAAGGAGAGCAACUGGAAAUCAAAGCUGUCCUACAUAACUACAGCCCAAACCAUGUGGAAGUGCGUGUGGAACUGGUAGAGGACGCACACCUGUGCAGUGCAGCUUCUAAGCGUGGUAAAUAUGUUCAGGAGGUCAGAGUCGGUUCCGGCACCACGCGAUCCGUGUCGUACAUCAUCAUUCCCAUGCAAAAAGGACAAUUCCCCAUUGAAGUCAAAGCAGUUGUCAAAAGGUCUUAUGAACUGAGUGAUGGAGUAAAGAAGAUGUUGCUGGUGGUGUCUGAAGGUGUCCUGGUAAAAUCACCUAAAGUGAUCAAACUACACCCAGCUGAAAGAGGUUUAGAUAAUACACAAGAAGUAACCCUGAACAGCAACAUUCCUCUCAAUGACAUGGUUCCAGGGACAGAAACAAGCACACUCAUCUCUGUGACAGGAAGAGAGCACAUAAGUUCAUUAUUGGAGAGCGCCAUCAGCGGGAACUCUAUGGCCUCUCUGAUCCGAGCCCCCUACGGCUGUGGAGAGCAAAACGCGGCCUCCAUGACCCUUCCUGUCAUUGCUACCACAUACUUGGACACAACCGACCAAUGGGAAGCUGCAGGCUUAGGGAAACGUGAUGAAGCCCUCCGGCACAUCAAAAAUGGCUACCAGGCUGAGCUGAGAUACCGUAAACAUGACGGGUCUUUUGCAGUGUUUGAGAGUCGCCAAGGCAGUUCUUGGUUAACAGCCUAUGUGGUCAAGGUGUUUGCCAUGGCCAGCAAUCUGGUGAAAGUGCAAAACCAUGUGAUCUGUGAUGCUGUCAAGUUUCUCGUUCUCACGCAGCAACCAAAUGGCUUGUUUACAGAAACUGGAUAUGUGUACAGUAGAGAAAUGCGUGGUGGUGUGCUCGGCUCAAAUUCAGAUGUCUCCAUGACGGCGUUCUGCCUGAUUGCCAUGCAGGAGAGUCGUGAAUUAUGCUCUGACACCGUUAAUAGUCUGCCCAGCAGCAUAAAUAAAGCAGUGACCUACAUAGAGACGCAUCUGCACAGACUCACCAACCCAUAUGCUGUUGCAAUAUCAUCAUACGCUCUGGCUAAUCAAGGGAAGCUGAAUCUGGAGGUUCUCUACAAGUUUGUCUCUCAAGACUCGUCCCACUGGCCUGUAUCUACGGCACAUCAAUACCAACUGGAGGCUACAGCUUACGCUCUUCUUGCUCUGGUCAAGGCCAAGGAAUUUGAAAAAGCCAAACCAGUGGUCAGAUGGUUCUCACAACAGAGCAAGGUGAACGGUGGAUAUGGAUCAACUCAGGCUACUAUAAUGGUAUACCAGGCUGUAGCUAGCUACUGGGCUAUGGCUGAGGAACCAGAGUAUGAUCUGAAUGUCGACCUCUUGUUGCCGGGCAGAUCACUGUCUGAGAAGUUGAAAUUCAACAAGGGAAACCAGUUUUCCACAAGAACCUCUAAAUUCAACGAUAUUAACCAAGAUGUACAGGUCAUUGCCUCAGGAGUCGGGGAAGCAACACUGAAAAUGGUGUCGUUGUAUUAUGUCUUUCCUAAAGAAAAGGAGAAUGACUGCCAGAAGUUUAAUUUGUCAGUGACUACAACUCCAGUGACACUAGAUGAUGAUGAGAUGAUUUACAAGCUGAGCAUUGAGGUUUUCUUUAAGGACCCCGACCGCAGUUCAACCAUGUCAAUCUUGGACAUUGGCUUACCAACUGGCUUCAUCGCCAACACAAAAGACCUUAACUCAUUGUCUAAAGGACAUGCCCGCACCAUUGAAAAGUAUGAGAUAAACACUGUGCUGUCAGAUAAAAGCAACGUCAUCAUUUACCUGGACAAGGUUUCGAACCAACGGAUAGAGGAGAUCACCUUUAGAAUUCAUCAGAAGAUGAAAGUGGGCCUUUUACAACCAGCUGCUGUGUCUGUGUAUGAGUACUAUGAAAAGAAACCUUGCGUGAAGUUCUACCAUCCACAGAGGAGAAGUGGAGAGCUACUAAGGCUCUGCAGGAAUGAUGAAUGUACAUGUGCUGAAGAAAACUGUAGCAUGCAGAGGAAGGGGGACAUCAGCAAUGAUGAGCGAGUUGAAAAAGCUUGCGAGUUCACAGAGACCAGCAAAAUAGAUUUCGUGUACAAAAUCACUGUUGAAGAUUUAGCCGAGUCUUUUACCACGGACGUUUACACCGCACGGAUCGUUCAAGUCAUUAAAGAAGGAACUACCGACGUGGCUCCUCUUAAUAUGCUGCGAACAUUCCUCAGUUUUCCACACUGCAGAUCAGCUUUAAGUUUGACAAGAGGAAAAAGCUACUUAAUCAUGGGAGCAUCCAAAGAUAUCAAAAGACAAUGGUCUCAGUACGUACUUGGUGAAAACACCUGGGUCGAGUACUGGCCAACAGAUGCCGAGUGUCAGACUGACGAACACAGACCUACCUGUGAGGGCAUGAAGGACCUGUCUGAUAGAUACCAAACCGAUGGAUGCUUUCAUUAACGAAACAGGAGUCGAUAAAAAGCUCUUUUUAAGUGCUUUUGUUUUGCAGUACUCCCCUAAAUGUACAACUUUGUGUGGAAUAAAAUCAGGCGUGCAAAAUUG